GGCCUGUGUAUACCUAUUGAUUAUGGAACAGCUGUGAAUAAAACUAUUAGACGGUCGCUUACGAAUUUCUCAUUUGCGCGGAAAUUAAAAAUUUAAUAUGAUACAACCGAAAUCAGCAAGAGCUGUGAUGAACAACAAGCAAAAACAAACAUGGGUAAUGAUACCCAAAGGUACAGCAAUGCAUCAGUUGACGUUCCUGCAAAAAGGAUACCUCAAGUAAAAAACAAAAGGAUAUAUAAAUCCAAAGAAGCCAAAACGUGGAUCUGUGAACAGUGCGGUGGGGAAUUUAAAUGUUCCACAUAUUUAAAAUUGCAUAUGUUGCGCCACACUGGAACUAAGAAAUUUGAAUGUGACAUUUGUAAGAGGGGAUACUAUACUAAGAACGAGAUGGAGCGCCAUAAAAUUUUACAUACCAAUGCUAGACCAUACGCCUGUCGUUUCUGUGAUAAAACCUUUCGAGGCACUAGUAGUAAGACAGUUCACGAAAGAACACAUACAAACGAGCGACCAUUUGUUUGCCAGUACUGUGAUAAAGCCUUCAGGUCUACUUCGGUACGGAAAAUGCAUGAACGUGUGCACGUUAAUCAACGAAACUAUCACUGUGAGCCGUGCGACCAAUGGUUUUUACGACCUUCACAUUUAUUAUUACAUCAACAAACCAAGCUUCAUAAAAAUAAAACCUCAAGCGGAUAGAUUUGUUUUUGCAUACAUA